CUCACCUUUAUGAUUCUGCGCCGGUCCGGUCCUUCCACCAAGCUUCGCGUCGUGAUAAACGAGUUGAUAGCUCGAUUUCUUUCUGUAUGUAGAUCUGAACCUUCCCCACUCUCCCCUUUCCCCCUUCCUAUAUAUACCCACACGCUUCCUUAUUCGCAUUUGCUUCAUCUCCAACAAGAAGAGAAACAAACUACGCAAAGACACACAAGCGGAAGAAGAGUUCAUCAUAAAAUUUCAACCAAGCUUCUCUCGCCCAUGGACUACUCUUCAUCGCUGGUCGAUGUAUCUCUAGAUCUCAAUCUCAACCCUCUCCGGCGCAACGACGACCGACCCGCCUCCGCCCUUUCAGUUAAAAAGGAGUGGAGCUUCGGCGUACCUUCAGCUCCGGCUAAUUUCAUGGGACUAGGAAUCAGCGUUUCUUCCGUCAAAGAAGAAGAGUCGACGGCGGGGGCUCUGGUGGAGGAACUGAACAGGGUGAGCGCGGAGAACAAGAAAUUGACGGAAAUGUUGACGGUGAUGUGCGAGAACUACACCGCUUUGAGGAACCAAUUGAUGGAUCACAUGGCCAGAAACUCUCAUCCCGCCGACGAGGCGGCGGCGGUGGAGGAAGAGGUCGAGAAGGAACAUAGCCCUUCUUCCCUUUCCCCUGCUUCCUCCAGAAAAAGGAAAUCCGAUAGCACCACCACCAACAACAACGACAAUUACAACCUUCCCUUAGCUACCAACAACAACAAUGGCGCCUCGGAGAGCAGCUCCACCGACGAGGAAUCCUUCAAGCGGCCUCGUGAGGAAGUCAUCAAGGCCAAGAUUUCUAGGGUUUAUGUCCGAACUGAACCAUCGGAUACCGGCCUGGUAAGUUCAUCACGUUACUAGCCCAAACCCUAAUUCCUCCUGGCUGUAGUAAGUUGUGUGGAUUGCUGAAAGGUGUUUUCUAUUAUCAAAAUUGCAGAUUGUCAAGGAUGGUUAUCAAUGGAGGAAAUACGGCCAAAAGGUCACAAGGGAUAAUCCUUGCCCACGAGCUUACUUCAAAUGCUCUUUCGCUCCCAGCUGCCCCGUUAAGAAGAAGGUUCAAAGGAGUGUUGAGGAUCAAUCAGUAGUCGUCGCGACUUAUGAAGGAGAGCACAACCAUCCACACCCUUCAACACCCGAGGCAGCAGCAGCAGCAGCAACAGCAAGCUCCAGUGGCCGCGGCCUGGCCAUUGCAGGCUCGCCCUCGCUUGCUGCUGGACCAGCCACCAUGACUCUGGACUUGACUAAAUCGAAGCCCAGUGUGGCCAGUACUAGUGCAAGGAACGUUGUUGCUCCUUCUCCUAAACCACUAGCAGGAGGGAUUGAUGGUCCGGAGAUUCAACAAUUGUUGGUUGAACAGAUGGCUACUUCACUUACCAAAGACCCAAACUUUACAGCAGCUCUUGCUGCAGCCAUCUCUGGAAGAAUGCUUCAGCGGAACCGUAGUGAAAGGUGGUAGAUAGAUGGUGGAAGUUUUGGAAAGAGUAUUAGUUAUAUUGUGUUUUAGGCUCUUUCUUCUUGCAACUCCAUGGUAAGCAAUGUGUAGAUAAGAUGAUACUAAGUAGUUUUACAGCACAGAAACAGAGUGAUAAAGAAAUGGACAAAUGAGUAUGUUAGAUUCUAUAGUACUUAGGUUUGUAAAGUGUUUUCAAUUGCAGCAUUUGGGGCAUUUUGCUCUGUAGCUUCGUUGCUUUCUCCAUUACACAGUUUUGAACCGUAUCAAAAUCCAGUUCCCAAGUUCGGAUGACAGAAAUAUGCCACUUGCUUGAUGAAGUGUUUGGAUUGAGCUUAACAGAAGCGUGUGGCUACUAGAGAAUGUGGAAAUGAACGUAGACGUAGCAAGUUGGGAAGAGAAGCAUAAGA